GGCACCUGGCGGAUCGUUGUCUUGUUUUCCCGGGCGAGCUGUUUUAUUGUUAGAAAGAUUUUAAUACAAUCCACAGAACAGUCGUGUAAAUUAUAUAUAAAUUCUGUUUAACUGCAUCGACGAGUAUUGAAAAUUAGGAAACGCCCGAUCUGAGAAGACUUGGAUCCUUGGAAGAAAGAAGAUAACUUAUUCUGUUUAUUUUUAUUUGUCGGUUGUCGUGUACUCGUUUUGUCCCUCGUGGAAAAAAAAAAAUAUAUACCAUCACCUGUUGUUUACAAUUCUCGAAUUACGAAGUCAGCGCCAAAUAUUCGUUCCCAUUCUUCCUAGUUACGUAAUAAUAUUAGGGAAUAAGGAAACAGGUUGCAUACGCAGCACCAACUUCUGCGUCACGAACAACGCUCAACCAAUCAGGAAACUCGGAAGUCUAACCACCCACCCCCACCCCCUUUCCGGUUUUCCGUCUCUUUCUCUUAGUUUUCCUUUUCAUCGGCCCGUCUCGUUCACACAUUCUUCUCUUUCUCUCUCUCUCUUUCUGAAUUUCCAUUCGCAACGCAGAGUUACAUAUUUCUCUCUCUCUCCUUCUCACGGACCUUUCCUUACCUGACUCGAGCUGGUCCGUCCACCCGCCGGGAUCCUUCAUCUUCUAUGCUCUUCGCAGGACUCAGAUGAACCGUCCUAUCCAGGUGAAACCAGCGGACAGUGAAAACCGCGGAGAGUGCAUGAUGGGGGACGGGAGCAGCAGUGCCAUCUUCUGGAAGUAGGAGACAACCAUAAACAGCUGAAGAAGACAGAAAGCUGUUUGUGGGUAUGCUUAGCAAGCAACAGACUGAAGAAGAUGUACGCCAGCUGUUCACUCCAUUUGGAACCAUAGAAGAGUGCACAAUUCUCAGAGGACCCGACAGUACUAGCAAAGGUUGUGCGUUUGUCAAAUUCAGUUCACACCAAGAAGCCCAGGCAGCUAUCAGCAGUCUACACGGGAGCCAAACUAUGCCGGCGAAGGGAGCUUCCUCAAGCCUUGUAGUGAAGUUUGCGGACACAGAAAAAGAACGUCAGCUGCGUCGCAUGCAACAGAUGGCUGGCAACAUGAGUCUCCUUAACCCUUUCGUCUUCAACCAGUUUGGGGCAUAUGGUGCCUAUGCACAGCCCAUGCAGCAACAGGCAGCUCUGAUGGCAGCUGCUACAGCUCAAGGCACCUACAUCAAUCCUAUGGCAGCUCUUGCUACACAGAUCCCUCAUGCAACCCUUAAUGGCAUGGCCAACCCCGUCGUACCGCCCACAUCAGCUCUUAUUUUAGGUUCGGGUUCAGGCCAGCCCGUUAAUGGCACCAUUCCUAGCCUGCCUUCCCCGACCAUGCCCAACUUCAACAUGGCAGCACAGACCCCAAAUGGGCAACCUGCUGGUUCCGACCCAUCCGUCUACACAAAUGGCAUUCCGCAGACAUAUCCUGCACAUGCUCUCCACUUGUCCAUUCCAGCACAGGGUCUGCCAAAUGGAGAGGCCGCACUACAACAUGCUGCGGCCUAUCCUGGGAUGCAGCCAUAUCCUGGAGUUGCGUACCCCGCUGCUGCGGUUUACGGCCAGUUCCCGCAGGCCAUUCCCCAACCGAUGUCCACCGUCCCCCCUACGCAAAGGGAAGGCUGCUCCAUCUCAGGACCAGAAGGCUGCAAUCUCUUCAUCUACCACUUACCUCAGGAGUUUGGUGAUGCAGAACUGAUGCAGAUGUUCUUGCCAUUCGGAAAUGUUAUCAGUUCCAAGGUGUUCAUUGACCGCGCCACCAACCAGAGCAAGUGCUUUGGAUUUGUAUCAUUUGACAACCCAGCAAGCGCCCAGGCUGCAAUCCAGGCAAUGAAUGGUUUCCAGAUUGGCAUGAAGCGGCUCAAAGUGCAGUUGAAGAGGCCCAAGGAUGCAAAUCGCCCUUACUAACCCCCACUGUAGCCUAGCCGCCACAGCAGCAGCUACCAGCAUGCACAGAUUUUUCAGUUAGCCUUGUGUGGUGCAAGACAAGAGACCAAUCAUAAUACGUCACGAUGUCAGCAUCUCAUCCAGCACCAGAAUACAUCCAGGGCUACCAAGCUUCCUUCCGAUGACAUCACUGACAGUGAGUCCUACAGGAUGUCUGGCGUCACUCUUCCCCUGAUUCACAACUGUAGAAAUGGCAGUAGCAGUGACAGAGCAUGCAGUCUUGACCCUCCCAAAAGCUGACAAUGGGAGACAUUUGCCCACCACUACUCUACAGCUCUACAGCUCUACAGCUCUACAGCUGCUACAAUAGUCACCAUAACUUUCUUCUACAUACACACUGCUAGCAAACAUCUAAAAAAGGAUCCUUAAUGAUGACUGGGAAUAUCUUCCCGUUGCCAAGAAAGGGCAGUACAUCAUUAUCCAUAUACUUCCUGAAAAGUAUUAGCAUUGUGGUGCAGAUUAUGUUAGACCCCCAGCCCACAGAACAAAUUAGUCAUCUAGAUAACUAAAUCAUAGCAUAGUGAAUAGAUUUUAAAGAAAGCUUCAUAUUCUUAUCAUAUUAUUAUAUACAAUUAUUAAUAUAACUUAAGUAUUUAUUAUAAUAAUAUUUCAAGAUAACUACCUGCAAUGAGGUGAGUGACUUAACCCAUUUUGCUUAGUACUUUAAGAUGAUGAGCAUAGAUGAAUUAUGAAGGCUGCAUUGGCUGUUGGUCUCUGAAUCGCAAAGACAGUUCUAGAUCGUAAGAAUGGUAAAUAAGCCAAGACCAGGUGUAAGCUAAUGACAGCAGCAGAGUAGGGAUUCAGUACACAUAUUCUGUAUGUGUCUACAUGUACGUGCAUGGCAAGAAAGUGUAGCAUUUACCAAAAUUCCAAAUGGGCUGUGAUUUAUCUACUAAAUGAGAAUAAAAGAGAGUAAAUAUGAUGUGUAAAACUGUACAGGCUGUUUCUGUCUUCUUGUUUGUUCAUAAAGUAAACAGGUGGUUUGUUGUCAGUUAAAAGAAAUUAAUAAGUAAUGUAACUAACUUGGUGUUAUUUUUGAUGUACUGUCAGUAGUCUUGGAAUUGUAACAGUGCAUAAACAAAUUAAGAAACAGAAAGAAAUGUUGAUAAUAUGACAAUUAUAUAUGUAGGAUUUAUUUUUAAUGCUGAAAGAUGUGAUGUUGAUUACAUUGUUGACACUCUGUCUCAUCUGUUUCACUCAAUUGCUACACAAGUUGCCUGCAUUGCAUGUUAUAUGACACCUUUGAAUGUCACAGUAUGUAGAAACACUUGUUUGUUUCAUUAGUGGCAAGACUUUGGCUUUUGAGGAGGCCAACAGCCAACUGGUAAACCACUCUUGAUAUCGUUGC